CAAAUACAUACAAUAUUUAUUUAUAUGAAUGCUCUUCAUUUAUUAUUAUGGUGGCAGAUACAGAGAAUAUUAGAAAACUAAAAUCAUAUUUGAAUUUUAAAUGUCGCAUUAAAAUAACGGAUGGUCGAACAUUUAUUGGUACAUUCGUUUGCAUCGAUAAACAGAAAAACAUCAUUUUAGCUCACACUGAAGAAUUUAGAGAAAAUGAAAAAAGACUUGUUGGCUUGGUAAUGAUUCCUGGAAACCAUCUCGUAAAAGUGGAAACUGAAGAUUUAGAGGUUCCUGAUGUGCCAUCCAUGUACACUUGAACAUGUGUUUAUUUAGAUACCUUUAAUUUUAUUUACUAAAAUAUAGACAUGAAUUAUUCAAUUGUGUAAAUAAAUAAAUAGUGGAAUCAAUAUUUGUUUAUUAUUAUUAUUAUUAAAAAGGACGUAAAAUGGUAUAUUAUUGUUUGUAUUGUAAUUUUUCUUCUAAAAUUUUCCAUGGAUCCUUUGUCAUGUUUGGAGAAUAAAAUUGUGAAAAGCGUUGUUCGAUUGCUUCUGGUGAGUAAUCAACAUCAUUAUUAUUAAAUUGAAAAUUAUGAGAAAAUCGACCUCCUCUACCGCGUCCGCGUCCGCGUCCUCGUGUGUUUCCUCUAGGAAUAAAUCCUCCCCUUCUUGGUUGAUAUCCUUUAUUAAAUGUAUUUCCUGGUGUAAAAGUCAUUAUUAAAA